AUGAACCAGAUAGAGGUAGUACCUGCUCUACCCUCUCAGCCGGGUGCUGAGUUGCCUCCACAUGCUCAUGCACCAUUCGAUCUGGAAGACGAGCGACAAUUAGCUCACCCGGAUGAGAAACUAGACAACGACAGUGAAGAUGAAAAGGAUCUCAAACUCGACGCAAGCGAAUUGAGAGCUCAGGAUGAAAAGGAAUUACAGAAUGGUCACGUUGUCAUUCGUGAUGGACAUGAUAUAGCUAGAUAUGUGGUCUCGACUCAAGACGAUGGCGAUCCAGCGUUAACAUUUAGAUCUUUCGUUAUUGGUUCUGGUCUCACAGCAUUAGCGGCCUGUAUCAAUCAAAUAUUGUUUAGUUAUUUCUAUAAACCUGUAUCAGUGUCCUUUGAUUCUGUCUUUCUCGUGUUGAUCGCCUACGUACUUGGUGUGGCUUGGUCCAAAGCUUUGCCUACUAGAGCUUCCGUUGAGCGCCGCUUUCCCAAGCAAGCUUCUUGGCUCGCUCCCAUGAUUCACUUCAUAAAUCCAAGCCACCAUUUUGGGCUUAAGGAACACGCUGUCGCAUCGAUAAUGUCGACAUCCUCUGGAAAUGGUGCGGAAGCAGUUCAGGUUUUUGCUGCGGAGAGGUUAUACUAUACUAGCCAUUCUAGUAAAGCUGUUGCGAUUCUUACAGUCUUUUCCGCUUCCAUCUUUGGAUAUGGAAUCGUGGGGCUGAUGAGGUCUAUCAUUAUCCAUCCCUCUCAAAUGGUCUGGUGGAAGUCUUUGCCUAUGGUAUCGAUCUAUCAAACACUUCAUCGAGAUCCACAAGGAAUGAACCGACGACGAAUGAAGAUGUUUGCAUUCACCUCUAUCGGCGCAUUUAUAUGGGAACCUUUUGCAUCUUACAUCUGGCCAUGGGUUAACGGUAUAUCCAUACCGUGUUUAGCAUCUAUGCACGCUCCAACCAAAAGUAGAACAGUCAUCAAGAAUAUUUUUGGCGGCGCCAAUUCUAAUGAAGGUCAAGGUAUUCUCAGUGUCUCCCUCGAUUGGCAAUAUGUCACUUCCAAAUACAUGUCUCUGCCUCUUAUUCAACAAGCAAAUUCAUGGGUCGGUAUACUUAUCUCCUAUAUCAUGUGUCUUGCCCUAUAUUAUGGUAACGCGUGGGGAGCCAAACAUCUCAAUUUCAUGAGUACCAGUUUAUUCAAUGAGAAAACUGGUAAAACGUAUAAUCAAACUGGUGUCUUCAACAGCGAAAAUCAUCUCGAUGUAGCAGCAUUGGAAAGGAUUGGCUUGCCUAGACUUACCGCCACCAACAUCUGGUACAAUCUAGUAGCUAUGAUGGCCAUUGGAGCUCUGUUCACCCACAUCAUCUUGUUUUACGGCAAGCAAAUCGUUCAAAAUGUCAAGGAAGCAAGACAAGGGUCGGAAACCGAUCCGCAUUACAUCGCCAUGAAGCAAAAAUACAAGCAAGUACCGAUGUGGUGGUAUCUUGCCAUAUUAGCUGUCGGUUUCGCAUUGGGUAUGACUGCCGUAUGCAUCGGCCACACCACGAUGACCUGGUGGAGUUAUAUCGUUGCUCUGGGUCUUGGACUGAUUAUCACUCCUUUCUCCUUGAUCCUCUACGGUCUUUUGGGUACCUCUGUAUCAACAAACAAUAUCUCAAAAAUGCUCGCGGGCGCUAUACUUCCCGGACGUCCCGUCGCCAACUUGUACUUUGCAAUGUUCUCGCACGAAGUCACGGUUCUUGCUGUGUUUUUAGCUGAAGACAUGAAGCUUGCCCAGUACCUUAAAAUCCCUUGGCAAACUAUGUUUGUACUUCAAACAUAUGGCAGUUUAUUGGGAGCUGUGCUUAACUACGUGAUGAUGGAUACCAUCGUCACCCACAAACGAGAAAUUCUCCUCGACCCCACAGGUUCCCAAAUCUGGAGUGGAGUUUCUGUCCAAAGUCUUAACAGUAAUGCAGUGACGUGGUCCCUUGCAAAAUAUGUCUACACAUUCAAGAACAACGGAUACGGAAUCAUUCCUCUGGGCUUGCUUAUCGGAGCUGCCAUCCCUGUGAUUCACUGGUUCCUCGCAAAACGAUACACGAAAAUUGGUCCCUUCACAACAUCGAAGAUCGUCACUCCAGUCAUCCUAGUCAAUGCAAAUGUCACAUAUGCAGGAUCCACAUCAGUAUGGACUUCCAGAAUCUUGACCGGUAUCUUCUCCCAGUGGUAUAUGAGAUUAAGAAACCCAGCUUGGUUCGGUAGAUAUAACUAUAUUGUCGGAGGUGGUUUGGACGCAGGUGCUAAAGUGAUGAUGUUCAUUUUGACAUUUGCUGUGAAUGGAGGUGGCGGUAAAGAAUACAAUUUCCCAACGUGGUGGGGAAAUCCAAAAACUAGUACCAAGCAAUAUGCUGAUUAUUGUGGAACUGGAUGA